AUGGUGAGGCGUUAUCGGGUUGCGUUUUGGUCCCGGACUCCGUCACCGAGGGUACAGAAACAGAAACCCCGUCCCGGACUCCGUCACCGAGAGUACAGAAACAGAAACCCCGUCCCGGACUCCGUCACCGAGGGUACAGAAACAGAAACCCCGCCUCGGACUCCGACACCGAGGGUACAGAAACAGAAACCCCGUCCCGGACUCCGUCACCGAGAGUACAGAAACAGAAACCUCGCCCCGGACUCCAUCACCGAGGGUACAGAAACAGAAACCCCGUCCCGGACUCCGCCACCGAGGGUACAGAAACAGAAACCCCGUUUCCGGACUCCGUCAUCGAGGGUACAGAAACAGAAACCCCGCCUCGGACUCCGACACCGAAGGUACAGAAACAGAAACCCCGUCCCGGACUCCGUCACCGAGGGUACAGAAACAGAAACCCCGUCCCGAACUCCGUCAUCGAGAAUACAGAAACAGAAACCCCGUCCCGGACUCCGUCGCCGAAGAUACAGAAACAGAAACCCUGUCCCAGACUCCGUCACCGAGGGUACAGAAACAGAAACCCCGUUCCGGACUCCGUCACCGAGGGUACAGAAACAGAAACCACGUCCCGGACUCCGUCACCGAGGGUACAGAAACAGAAACCCCGUUGGAUAA